AUGGAGCUCAUCUAUCCUGGCAAUUCGGAUGAUGUAUCCGACUCGAAGGCUACACCUCGCGCCUCCGGAUCACCAGGGGCGGACACUGCAAGAUCCAGGUUGACUGGAUCUGGUCAACUUGGCGGCAUCAUGUCCGAGAUCUUUGGAUCAAGCGAUUAUUCCGACGAAUCUCCGCCUCUUGCGAGUCCAUCCAACGAUAGGACGCGCGGGGAUGGUGGUGAUGCACCUAUACAUCACUACGAGCGAAGCAACUCGAGGGAUCGGGGUGUCACUGGUAUCAGCGCUCGCGCUGGCACCAAUCAAGAGGCUAGGGACCGAAAUGUCCUGCGCCACCAUCCUCAAGUGGAGUCUCCGUGGAUGCCGUAA